CGUCAAAGCAAUUUUUUUCAAUUUCAACCUUCAAUUUCCAAGAACAACAUAAUAUUGAAUAUUCGAUUAUCUAAAAAAAGCGAAAACAAACUUUAUUCAACCCUGGUUUAAAAUGUAUAAAAUUUACAUCGAAAACGAAAAAAAAUCGUUGUUAUCGUCGCUAAACAACAUAAUAUCUUCCAUUGCAUUGCUUUCUGCUUUGUUUACGGUUUGAUUUACAAGUGUGAUCAUGGAAGUAAACCCUUUGAAUAUAUUUUUCGUGAAAUCGGACAGUAAAGGUGAUAGACUUUUGUUUAGAUAUCCAUACAAGUUGGAUAACAAAGAUGAGAACACUCAGAAGAAAUGUGGCCGUCACAAUCCGUACGCAAUUAACUGUACUGAAGAUCUAUUACAAAAUCCUCAAACACAAACUUCUAAUGUCUACAAAGGUCAACUCAGCGGCUUCACAGAUGAAAUGUUAUCAACAUUGUUUGCAGUGAAAGCUGAACUAUGUAACAGGAAGUUUGAACUGAAAGUGAAUGAUGUAAGAUUUGUUGGCCAUCCAACGCUACUGCCUUACAGAACCAACAAAGAUGAUACAGCCGCUAUGAUUCUUAUAAACAUUGUAUUUGCUUUACAAGCAUCUGCAAGUCACUCUAUAGUGAAAUGCUAUUAUGAUUUAAGUAAGAGAUUAGGCAAAGCUUUGAGGCAUGAAGAAAAAAGAUGUUCCUAUUUGACUGAAGAAAUGAAAAUUAUGUUGGCAACACAUGAUGAAGUUUCAGCUUUGGAAAGUGAAGUUAAUAGAGAAAAUGAUGAGGAAGAGGAAAAUUUACGUCACUCUGUAAGUUCUGCGACAUAUAGUCAUGAAAAUUGUGGUGAUGGUAAUCCUAAAUCAGCAUUUCAUUUGAUAUUACAAAGAAGUUCAUUGGCAAGGUCCAUGAAAGCUGUAUUUGAAGGUCUAAGUUCCACAGGCAUUGUACAAGUUCGUAUAAACAAUUGGGUACUAUUAUCAUUCUGUUUGCCACACAAAGCUCAUCAAAUACACAAUAGAGGAUUGAUCAUUGAACCAGAAUGUAUUGAUAAAUGUCUGCAGAAGCUAAGGCCUUAUCAUGGUAUCUUACUUAUGGUGGAUCCAAAUGAACUGUUAGCUUCAAUUCCUCUUGAUGGAAGCCCGGCUUUAUUGAGACUGAUCAAGUUGUAUAGUCCAUUGAAGAGCCUACAAACUCUCGCUAUUGAAGCUGACUUAUCUUUCACACAGGUGUCUCAACUAACUGGUCAUCUGGUAUAUUGGGCUAAAGCGACAGUCAUAUAUCCGUUGUGCGAAGGCAAUGUGUAUGUGGUUGCUCCUUGCGGUAAUGUCAAUAUACAUUCUCCGCUGUUAGACGAGUUUGCUAAAGAGUUCCCGGGCUUGUGCCUAGUGCAAAUGCUUAGUGAGUUCUCUCUGCCUGCUCCGCUGUGGUUCAAGGCGCGGGGUGUGGGAGGUGCGGGCGGCGGUUGCGGGGGCGGGGCGCGGCUGGCUCGCGUCGUGGCCUGGCUAUUGCGUCGCAAGCUGCUGCUGCAGCUCCAUACAUACGUACACUUCAAUUCGCCCAAUUGGAAUGAUGAUCCCGAUGGUCAAGAGUAUUACUGCGAGAAGCAUGACAUUUACAAUCAAUCGUGUAACAUUUCAUUCUCUUCGCUAAAUCAAAUGCAACUGAAUGUUCCGGAACCUGUGGAGCCCAGAGAAAGUGCUAACACAUUCCCUGACUCCGAUGAAGAUUAUCCGACCGAAAAUAAUCUGAACCAAACCGACUUCUCCCACACUAAACCGAUAGUAAUCGAAUCAGAACACUCAAAACAUGAAAAAUUCCAUACAAAUGAUUCCGCAAAUCAUUCGUUCGACGAUGGAAUGGAUGUUGUCGAUGGUUUCGUUCCGAAACCGAACGGCUUAAACGGUUUUGGUCACAACGAUCAAAAGAAGCAACUAAACUCUGUAGAUAGUGGUAUAUCUAAUAAUAACAGUGACAAAUUACAUAUCAAUGGAUCUAUGGAUGUGGAUGACCAUAAAGAAGAUAAAAAAGUGACUAUCACGACACGACUAUCAGAUGCAUCUUUGAAGGAGAAAGAUGCAUCAAAUAAUGUUGACUGUGAUGAAAACAUGAUGGAUUGUGAUGUAUCACCGAGGCAGAAGAAUACUUUAACUAAUGGCACAGAUAAAAAGAAUGGAGUUUCACUUAAUUUAAAACUACAAAAUGAAAUGAGUUUCCAACCACCGACGGUAUGUGGUGGGGUGGGCGAGUGUGAGGCUGGGGCCGGGUCUGGGGCGGUGCGGGCGGGGUGCGCGGGAGACGAGUCCCCGCUGCACGCGUUCACACCGGCAGAGCGCGCCGCCCUCGCAGCACUGCCCGCAGCCAGCAACCCUGAUGACCUGCUGCUGCUGGCUACACUACAUAAAAAAGGUUAUUUCCGUGGUGAAACACAUUUAGAAGAGAUAAUGUUUAUGGAGAAUGUAACUCGGUCACAAUUGAUGCAACUUCUGGAUAAGUUCAAAGGUGUUCUUAUCACCUUCGAGACUGAGGACCCCGCUGUCGCUAUGUUGUACCCAUACCAGUAAUAUUAUACUAAUAUUAUUCUUUCAUAGAAUUAAACAAAAAUUAAACAUCAAAAUAAUCGUUUUUAUUCUAUAUAUUCUAAA